GUGGUAUUUUCGAACGCCUUGUUUACGGUCCUCUCAUUUUAUCAGCCGGUUAAAAUAAUAAUAAUUUUUUUAUGGAACCUUCAGCCAAGAAAUCGAAAAUGACGAACAACCACAAGUUCAAGAACAACAAGAAGAAGUACUUCCAUGCCAAGAGACAGGUGCUCCAGCCUGGCCAACGUGGCUUCUUUGCCACCUGCAACAUCAACGAGAAAGCAUGUGUUCGCGAGUGCUACAAUCUCUUGAACCACUACGCGGACGCACUCUAUGGACCUGAGCAGCCGGAGAAUGAGCCGGAAAAGAAGCAGCCCGAGGAAGGAGCAGCUGGCGAUGCAGAAGAGGAUGCUGGAAAGUCCACCAAGGGGAGCACCAGUGAUGACGACGACGACCUGGAGGCAGCGGCUGCCAAAUGCCGCGAGAAGCUCUCCCAGCGCAAGGUGCGAUUCCAGAACGUGGACACCAACACCACCAACUGCGUGUUUAUCCGCACCCAACUGGAGGACCCCGUGGCCCUUGGAAAGCACAUUAUAAACGACAUAGCCACCACCGGCAAGUCCAUGUCUCGAUUCGUCCUGCGCCUCGUGCCCAUCGAAGCCGUCUGCCGUGCCAACAUGCCCGACAUAAUCUCAGCCGCCGGAGUGCUCUUCGACAAGCACUUCCUCAAGGAACCCACCAGCUAUGGCAUCAUCUUCAACCACCGCUACAAUCAGCAGAUAAAGCGGGAUGAGAUUAUUAUGCAGCUGGCCGAUUUGGUCAACUCCAAGAACGUAGGCAACAAGGUGGACCUCAAGGAGGCCAAGAAAUCCAUCAUCGUCGAGGUCUUGAGGGGCUGGUGCCUGCUCAGCGUUAUCGAUAACUAUCUGGGCUGCAAGAAGUUUAACCUGGCGGAGCUGGCCAAUCCCAGCGAGAAGAUGUCCGAGAAGCCUUUGAAGGAGUCUUCAGAGGAGGAUGCUAAGGCUGCGGAAAAGUCCAAGUCCAGUGAUGAAAAGGAGUCAAAAGGGGCUGCCAAUAACGACCAAGACCAGACCAACUAAAUUAGAAAACUCAGAAGCCUUAAGAGGACUCCCCAUCCAAUGAAAGGUUUGGUAAGAGGAUCCAGACAUAGUUAUAGAGCUAACAAUCUGCUGUGCAGACAAAUAUGAAUAAAACGUCCAGUUAUUAUUUACUUUUGUUAACAA